AUAGAUGGAAGCAAUAUUUUACACAAAACAGUAUUAUUUAUCCGAUUUACACCACUUGAACGAGCGAACAAACGAUAUCAAAAUACGCGGUUUCUUGACUGCACAGAAGUGCGCAACAUUUCGAUAAUUCAAAUCAGUUCGAUAAUUGAAGUCAGCUCAAUGUAUCGCAUAAAUCGAUAUUGAUUUAAAUGCUCUCUACGCUUACUCUAUACGACAGCAAUGGUUUUUCGAACUUAAUUACGAAUAGAUAACUCUAAAAUUUUAACAAAUAUAACUUUAACAUAUAUAUUUUAACAAAUAUAUCUUUAAAUAAGUGUUGCAUGCAAAAAAUUAAUAAGAUUAACAUCGUGUCCGCAAUAUAAGAGAAAAAUAUUUCUUGCAUGUUCUCUUAAAUAUCCAACAUCAAACGCUAUUGAUUUUGUUUUAGCAUAAAAUUGAUCAAUCAACAUUGUUUACUUCGGUUUCUAAGUAACUACUCGAGAUUAUGCUGUAUAGAUGCCCGUGAUUCGAGUAUUUCCAAGAAAAAUUAAUCAAGAGUUAGUAUAGUUGUUCAUUAUCAGAUACAAUCUGGUACUGUAGUUAUAUUUUUAAUAUAUUGUACUGUCUCAAUUAAAUAUGGAUAAUCAUCUAACGAACCACGAUAACGAACGUGAGAUGUUAAAAUAUCAGAAUACUUAUCGUCUGGAAGCUUACAAUCCCUUUAAAAUAGACCCAGUAGAUAAGAUUAUAAAAACGAUAAUGAUUACCAAACUAGAAGAUAUCUCUUAUGAUGCUGCGGAGUGUCUGAAUGUUUGCCAGUCAGUAGCUACAGAUAUUAGGGAAAAAAUUAAAAAUUUGAACUUUGAUAGAUAUAAGAUUGUGGUUAAUGUAACUAUCAUAGAGAAAGCAAAUCAAUCUAUACAAUCAUCCAUGGGAUUUCUUUGGGAUGCUAAAAGAGACAAUUACUCCACAUUUACAUACGAAGCUCGAACUUUUCAUGCUUGUUGUUGUGUAUUUGCUCUUUACCAUGAAUAAAUUAGAC